AUAAGUAGCGCGAAAUCUUAUGCAUGCUUUGAUCAAACGUUACGAUGGCUGCCCCAACAGAAAGUUCUGCUGCGGAAUCUUCCUUUAGCGAGGAAGUCUCGAAGUUGAUGGGGCAGGGAAAGCGACAUCUUGUUUGUAGUGAAGUCUUGCAAGCUGUCAAAUGCUUUGAGGAGGCGACCCAGAAACUAGAUGGUCAAUAUGGCUCUGGUUCUGAUGAAUGUGGUGAGGCAUAUCUGUUUUAUGGAAAAGCAUUACUGGAACUGGCAAGGUAAAACUUCCCAUAAUAUCCCUGUGAUCUAAGAAAAAUGACAAGGAGCCCAAUGAGU